UUGAGUGGGUGGGUGUGUGUGGAUGCUUGUGUGUGUGUGUGUGUGUGUGUGUGUGUGUGGGUGUGUGGGUGAAUAUGUUUGUGUGAAUAUUUAGAUGCGUUCGUACAACAGUCGGGUGUGACCCAUGAGACGCUCUACAGCUAUGCAGGAGGCUCGAUCCUCCGUUGUGACGGCCAUGCUGCGGCUCCUGCUGCUGAGCUGCUGUGGGUAUGUGGUGACCGGGUACCCUUUCAGACCGGCCCUGGAGCCAGACGUCACCCCCCGCAUCACUGUAGCCUCUAGUGGUCUUCAAGGCUGCAAGCAUUUCCAAUCCUUUGCAGUCAACUACAGCACUCUGUGGCUAGAGGCUGACAGUGAGCGUCUUUACGUCGGGGCCCGUGGGGCCGCAUUCUCCCUCAACGCUUCUGACAUCUCAGCUGGUGCUGCUCAGACUAUUGAGUGGGAGGCCUCCCCAGAGCAAAAACAGCAAUGCCUGAACAAGGGAAAAGACAAUAAGACGGAGUGUUUUAAUCACAUCCGCUUCCUCCAGAGGUUCAAUUCAUCUCAUCUCUACAUGUGUGGGACUCAUGCCUUCAGACCGCUCUGCGCAUAUGUAGAUGAGGAGAGGUUCGUAAUGUCUUCUCAAACUGAAGAGGGCAAAGACAAAUGUCCCUAUGGGCCAACAACUGGCUAUACUGGCCUCAUCGUGGACCAGCAGAUGUAUACAGCCUCUCAGUACGAGUUUCGGAGUUUUCCUGAUAUCCGUCGUAACUCUCCGUCUCCCAUGCUGAAGACAGAAGAUGCCCCCACCCGCUGGUUGAAUGAGGCAGACUUUGUUGGCUCAGCCCUGGUGAGGGAGAGCAAAGGAAGCAACACUGGAGAAGAUGACAAAAUCUACUACUUCUUCACAGAGAGGAGCCAAGAGCAGACAACAACCUACAGCCAUAGCAGGGUGGCACGGGUGGCACGGGUCUGCAAGGGGGACAGGGGGGGACGUUUGACUCUCCAAAAGAGAUGGACGUCCUUCCUCAAAGCCAGACUGAUGUGUUCGCUGCCCGAAUACGACUUUCGCUUCAACAUGCUGCGCAGCGUGUUUGUCCUUGAUGGACGCACCCCGCAUGACACAGUCUUCUACGGCAUUUUCGGCCUUGAGUGGAAGAGUGUGAAGGCAUCUGCAGUGUGUAGAUUUGCUCUGUCUGACAUCCAGGAGGCCUUCAAGGGUUCCUACAUGGAAAGUCAGGACUCUGGCUCCAGAUGGAACGAAUACACCGGGAAGAUCCCCAACCCCCGGCCGGGAAUGUGUAUAACAGAUGCUCUGCGGGCCAGGGGCAUAAACUUCUCCACCUCCCUGCCAGAUGAUGUGCUGAACUUUGUCAGGAGACACCCUCUGAUGUCCCAGCCUGUCUGGCCCUCAGACGGACGCCCCCUGUUGUUCAGGAGGACCACAGACUACACCCAGAUGGCUGUACACAUGGUCCAGGGCCUGGAUGGAAAAUUGUAUCAUGUGUUAUUCAUGGGAACAGAUGAUGGCUGGAUACACAAGGCUGUGGAGGUUGAGGGUCAGAUUCACAUCAUAGAGGAGCUGCAGCUGUUUGAAGAACCCCAGCCUGUCAACAGCCUGGUCAUCUCUGCCACCAAGAUGAGUAUAUAUGUCGGCUCUCCAUCAGGAGUGGUUCAGCUGCCUCUCUCCACCUGCCAAAGAUACACCUCCUGCUACGACUGUGUCUUUGCCAGGGACCCCUACUGUGCCUGGAACGGAGCCCAGUGUGUGGAGAUAAUGUCGCACGCUGACAGAUCCAGUUUAUUCCAGGACAUCCAGAGUGGCAACAGGGGAUGUGAGAACAGUGCAGGAGACGACCUCAUUACGCAGCGGAGCCGCUUUGUGAUGGUGGGGGAUGAUGUGCUGCUACAGUGUGAACUCAGCUCCAACCUGGCCACCCCUGUGUGGACCUUGGAUGGCAAUGAGCUACAUGGGUAUGGCCUAAACUCUGGCUUUCGAACCGGUACAGAUGGCUUGCUAAUCAUCGAGGCCCGACUCGACCAGAGCGGGCUGUAUAUCUGCCACGCCCUGGAGAACAACGUUCGCAUCGCCAUCGUCUCGUACAACGUCACGGUGCGCCUGAACCUUCCACCUGUCAGGCUGACUGAACAACCCUAUAGUUCCUCCACCCUUCAGCCCACAUUUAGUGAGCCCACCUCCUCUGAGAUGCCCCCGCUUCCACCACUGGCCCCUUUCCUGCCUCACUCAGAGCUCCUAUCCCCCCGCAACAUGGAGGCUAUAUAUCUGUCCCUCAUCACCAUUCUGGGGGGGCUGUGUGUGGUCCUCACUGUGGUCCUCCUCUAUGUGGGUUUCUGCCUACAGGCGGGCCGCAGGGGAAAGUACUCCCUACGCGCCGCUGCCGCAGCAUACCCAGAAAGGAAGAGGCACAGCAAAAACAGGAAACAGCAGAAAAACUCUUCUCACCUGGAGCUCAAGACUAUCUCAGGUCACUACAAUGGGAUCGGCGUCUGUAAUGGUGUCUCCAAACGCCACGAGGCCGAUGCGCAGGACGGAGGCUUCCUCCAGAUCGUCCCUGGGGAAGGAAUCUCAUCCCAGGACAAAGAGCCUCCUCCUCCGGCCCCGCCUCUCCCCCCUCCCCCACAGCUUCCCUCCCCAGAGUGUGACUUCCCCAGUGGGCUGUCGGCUACGCUGCCCAACGUCCUGAGGAGAAUGAACGGCAACAGCUACGUGCUGCUGAGGCAAAGCGACUCGGAGAGUACAUCUCCUCUCUGCUACUCCUUCACGGAGGAGCUCAACAAGAUCCUGGAGAAGAGAAAACACACGCAGCUGCUGCCUAGGCCCGAUGAGAGCUCUGUGUAG